AUGUAUAAUGCAUUAAAUGAAAUAAAAGCAUUGGAAUUACUCAAAGGUAAUCCAAGAUUUGUUCAACUUGUUGACUAUCAUCAUGAUAAAGACAAUCAAAUCUUUCAUAUCAUCACUGAAUAUUGUGAUGAUGGUGAUCUUGCUCAAAAGUAUCAACAUUUAUCUGAUCAAAAUCAUUGCACUUUGAUUCUUGGUGAUUUUGGAUAUUGUAAAUUCAUUGACGAAACACCAGUCUCUGAAUAUCAAGAUACUAUUGAAUACAUACUUGAAACUAGUUUGCGUGAUCUACAUUUGAAAAUUAACAAUCAAGAAAUAUCAGAGCCAACUAUUUGUAAAAUAAACCCAAACACACUCAUAAAUGCAACUCGUGGAACAAUUACUGCAAUACUUUUCGAAAAUGCUUAA